GUAGAUAUAGAGAUAUUACAAAAUGUGGGGAGAUACAUCAUAUUAGGCAUUGCAUUAUAAAGUAGCACAAAGCCUAAUUCAUGAAAUCCCAAUACAUACAUACAUAAAGUAUACAUUUUAUAGCACCCUCAGAUAUACUUAGCCAAAAACAAAGAAAAAAAAAAAGAAAAAACUCAGAUUGUAGUAAGUAAAGUUAGUCAAAACUUGACCCAUCUCAUCGUCUGAGAUGGAUCAGAGCCACAACGCACCAGCUCGUUUGAGCAUGGUAGACAAGGAACCGUUGAGAUGAAGGGUCAUGAUCUCAUUAGCACCACCAACGAGCUUCCCGCCGAUGAACACCACGGGGAAGUCACUGCCGGCACCGACAUGUCGAGCCAGUGCCUGCUCGAUCUCCCUGCCACGUGGCAUCUCGUCGAGCUCGUAGACCGUGGUGUGGACCCCGAAGUCGGAGAACAAGGUGUUGAUGGUGUGGCACAUGCAGCAAGUGCUCUUACUGAACAUCACCACCGGCCUCUCCGCCGCCAAUUGGAACACUCUCUCCAUUGCUUU